AAACGCCGCGGAGGGGGCGGGGCUUGUGGCCGGAGAACCGAGUCUCACGGCGGCCGUUUGGCCAUGGCGUACCGCUACCUGCUGCUGUCGCGGGGCUGCUGCCGGCGCCGGAGCCUGCUCAGGGUCCCGACGCUGCAGCAGCUGCUCUCGGGCCGGGGCCCCUCCGGGCCGGGGCUGGCGCAGCUCCAUGAACAAGUUACCACUAGAGUGACUACUAACAAAAGUACUGUCUUGGCAAGCGUAAUUGCUGCUUACAGAAGACUCUUCUCCCAACCUCCUAAAGGAUUUGAAAAGUAUUUUCGUAAUGGAAAGAAAACUAAUGAAUCCAAAGGAUCAGCUGGAGAAACAAAAGAAGCAAAGCAGACUAAUGCCCAGCGACCUCCUGGGAGCAACAGUGGAGGAGGAGAAGGAGGAGGAGGUGGAAAAAGAGGUGGCAAGAAAGAAGACACUGAAUGGUGGUCCAGAUUUCAGAAGGGUGACUUUCCAUGGGAUAACAAAGAGUUCCGGUGGUAUUUCGUGAGCAGUUGCAUUGUCUGGGCUGUUGUUACAUAUGUGUCUUUCUUCAGGAGCUCUGGCAGAGAAAUCUCUUGGAAGGAUUUUGUCAAUAAUUACCUUUCUAAAGGAAUGGUAUCUAUUAUCCCACGUGGCAGAGGAUUGGGUUAUGCCCAGUAUUUACCCAGGGAACAAUACCUUUACACCAAAGAGCAGUUACUUGACAGAAUGUGCAUGACGCUGGGAGGACGCGUGUCAGAACAAAUUUUUUUCGGAAGAAUUACAACAGGAGCCCAAGAUGACUUGAAGAAGGUGACUCAGAGUGCAUAUGCUCAGAUCGUUCAGUUUGGCAUGAAUGAAAAGGUAGGGCAGAUUUCCUUUGAUCUCCCGCAUCAAGGGGACAUGGUAUUGGAGAAACCUUACAGCGAGGCAACUGCAAGACUGAUUGAUGAAGAAGUGCGAAAUCUUAUUAACAGUGCCUAUGAAAGGACAGUAACUCUCUUGAUGGAGAAGAAAGCAUGUGUGGAGAAGGUUGCUUUACGACUGUUGGAGAAGGAGAUAAUAGAUAAAAGUGAUAUGGUUGAACUACUUGGCCCAAGACCAUUUGCAGAAAAAUCUACUUACGAGGAAUUUGUUGAAGGCACAGGCAGUCUAGAUGAGGAUACUUCACUCCCAGAAGGCCUUAAAGAUUGGAACAAAGAUCGUGAAAAAGAGAAGGAGGAGAGCACAGAUGAACAGACUGCCAGGCAGAUAACAGGAGGGAUACCAUUUUAGUUUUGACGUAUGCUGUGAUAUAAAAUUGCACAAUAUUUUUGAUUUGCAUUCUGAAAAGACCGGAAAACACUUCAAUAGUUUGACUUAAGAACCAUCUGUGUAUUCAAACAUAUCUUUAGUGAUGGUAAUCAGAAGAGCAGGGGUUGACACAGAGGGAUAAGAAUACUCAGAUCUCUUUUAAGCUGUCCUCACUUCAUAGGUAAAAGAUUAUCACUUCUGAGCUGUCAGCUAAGGGAGAUGUUAAUUAGAGAUUGGCCUACGUUAGAACCUGAGAACUGAACCCCUCUAAAAUUUUGGAAUAGUUUGGAUCCAAGUCCAAACUCUGUGUGUCAGAUCCAUUUCUAAAUUUAUUUAAGCUGAUGCAAAUUAAGGUUCCAUUAGUAUUGAUCUAGAUAGUCUGUAUAUGUGACCUCUACCCAAUGUGAAUCAUUUUUAACAUCUAUAUGUGGGAAAACGUAUUAUUAAAUGCUUAGCCAAGGGUCUAGUCAGCUUACGAAAACACUUGAUGUUUCUGCAAAGCAUCAGCUUUUUUCACCCUCCUGCUAUUUAAUCUUACUCCUUUUUUCUUUCCCCCUCACCUCCAAAACCAAUUUGUUCACAGGGAACUACCAUGUAAAUUUACCAUGAAAUUGGAGACCCAUUGAAUGCUUUACAGUUAUAGUCAUGGUUCAGUGUCUUAAACUGUAAAACUAAAUUCAACUUCUGCCGUUUUAAUAAAAUGUGGGUUUUUGGUUUUUUUUUUACAGGGAGCUGUAAGAUAUUGAAUAUGUGAAUGCGCUGUGUUCACUGUGUAAAUAAGAUUUCUUUGAAAGUCAUUAAAAUCAGAACGUUGUACUUUUCUGAAUACACUGUCUUGCCAUUUAUUUUAGGUUGAUUUCUUAUGAGAAAAUUUUGGCCCAACUCAAAGGUCUUUAUUUGAGCAAAACUCCUACUGACAUGAAUGUAAGCUUUUCCUGAUUUAGUACACCAGGAUUAUUCCUCAUAAAUGUAAAAAGUCUAGUAACCUUGUAUUUCUGUCUUUGUACAAGCACUUGAAAGUCUGUAGAGGGCUGGAGUAAGUAGAAUGUUUAAUAUAUCAGUCUUUCAUAUCUGAA